AUGUCUGAGUCUCUUGUUCGCCAAAACUACCACCGUGAUCUUGAAGCCGCUGUUAACAAACAGAUUAACAUCGAGCUUUAUGCCUCUUAUGUCUACCUUUCAAUGGCUUGCCAUUUCGACCGUGAUGAUGUUGCUCUUACCAACAUUGCCAAAUGGUUCCGCAAACAAUCUGAUGAAGAGCGUGAGCACGCUAGCGAAUUGAUGCGUUUCCAAAACCUCCGUGGAGGACGUGUUGUUCUUAAGGCUGUUGAGAAGCCAGAAAAGGAUCACUGGGGAAGUGCUCUUGAAGCUUUCCAGGCUGCCCUUGCUCUUGAACGAUUUAACAAUGAAUCUCUCCUUGCUCUUCACACACUCUCAGGAAGCGUAUCAGAUGCUCAUGCCAGCGACUUCUUGGAGGAGAAAUUCUUAGAUGAACAAGUGAACUCUAUUGCUGAAAUUGCUAAGAUGGUUACUAACUUGAAGAGACUCGGGCCAGGAAUGGGAGAAUACGUAUUCGACAAGGAACACUUUGAUUCUUAA